AUGCGGGAUGUGCAACGUCAAGGAAUACUUCAACCUAGGAAACUUUUGGUGGACAACACAAAUACUCCAUCAACUGCUGCGGAACCGAUACGUUUACAGCACAGUUUCAAACCUCAGGUAGAUGAUGGGAGCGAAACGGCUAAACGAAAGCGAGAGUCUUCACUUUCCGAUAGUUUUGAGGUGCCAAAGAAGCCAUUGAAGCCGUAUUCACGUCGGUGGAUGCGGUUGGUGACAGGAGGAACCCGCAGCCAACGAGAUCUGACCGCGGCUGCCCAUGCUUUCAUCGCCCGUUUACCUCGAUUUAAGGAUAGCUGGUGA